CCAAAAAAAAAAAAAUCAGAAUCUCCUUCAAAAUUCUUUCAAAAGUCUCUGAAAUCUUUCAAUUGGGUCUUGAUCACAGGAAUUUUUGUAGAAAUCAAAUUCCGUUAUUACAAUCUGUUAUUUCAAAAAAAAUACAUAUAAUCCAACCCCCCCCCCCCCCCUUGUUUCAUUACAAAAACUGGUCAAUCAAUCGUCGCGUUCGCUGUUAGAGAUUUUUGUUUGCAUAAUCUAAGCGAGUUAUUUUGUGAAGAACACGAAGCGUAAUUCUGUUAUAGUAGUUAUGACUGUAAAGAUUGAUGGGAUUGAAGGGACACAACCCGAACAACUGAUGAAACUACUGCUUUCGCUUGCUUCCGAUUGGGGAGAUGUGUUUGAUACAAGCAAAUUAAAAGCGGUUCAUUUAAGUGGUGCGAUGACUAAUAUUGUUUAUCGAAUCACUUGGCCCAAAAACGCGUCUGAAGAUGAUGUGCGAACGGUUUUGGUUAGGAUUUACGGUGAAGGAGCGGAUAUUUUCUUUGAUCGCGAAGAGGAAAUCCGGACCUUUGGAUUGAUCUCGACCCACGGGCAUGGCCCGCACCUUCUUGCUAAGUUUCCUGAAGGUAGAGUUGAGGAGUUUAUUCAUGCCAAGACACUAUCGGCUUGUGAUCUUCGUGAUCCCGAAAUAUCUACACUCAUAGCAGCAAAAAUGAGGGAAUUUCAUGACCUUAAUAUGCCCGGGUCUAAGACUGCUGUCCUUUGGCCAACAAUGAGAAAGUGGUUGAUCAAGGCUAGAAGCUUGUGCUCUCAAGAACACGCGAAAGAAUUCAAGCUUGACAUCAUAGAAAAUGAAAUCGAUACGUUGGAAAACGAGCUAUCAAAACGCAAGCAAAAUGUUGUGUUUUGUCACAAUGAUUUACAAUACGGGAAUAUUAUGAUCGACGAUAAAACAAGAACCAUAACAUUCAUUGACUAUGAGUAUGCUAGCUAUAACCCCGCGGCUUAUGACUUUGCAAAUCACUUUUGUGAAUGGGCUGCAGAUUAUCACACCGAUACGCCUCAAAAUUUGGAUUAUAACAAGUACCCAGAUUUGGAGGAGAGACAAAGAUUUGUGAAGUCAUAUCUUAGCUCAACAGGAAACCAACCGAGUGAUGCGGAUGUAGAUCAGCUUAUCGAUGAUGUGGAACGAUAUGCGCUUGCAAAUCAUCUAUUUUGGGGAUUAUGGGCAAUAAUUUCGGGUUAUGUUACUCAUAUUGAGUUUGAUUACAUAGAGUAUGCUAAGCAGAGGUUUAGUCAGUAUUGGUUGAAGAAGCCUCAACUAUUGAAGGAAUAAGGGAUCUAUAGUAGACAUUGAUACAAGAAAGAUAUACUAGUGGUUUUGAUUCACAUGAUUACUAUCAUUUUCUAGUUGUAAAAGUUACAUGUAUAGGAUGAUACUAUAGAGUUCACUGCUUCAUUGAAUUCUUUUAAAAGAAUUGGGUAAAGUUGGCUUUAAUCCUAAAUGUAAUAUUGAAAAUCUAAA